AUGCCUGCACUCUUCGAUAAGUUGAAGGUGUCCAAAAGCGAAGGCAUGUCUGGCAUUGGGGCAGAUCAAGGCGCAUUGAGAGAUAAACUCGAAGCGGAAGAUCCCCAGUAUUUCCACCCCCAGGAUGGGGACGGGCCAGGGCCAGAUGCUCAUGACGAAGUGGGCAGUGGCGAGGGCCAGGAGCUAGACCGAGCGCCCAAUACUUUCGGAGGGCCGUCCUUUGGUCGAACCAGCGCAAUCCCAAGGCACAAAUCUGAAGCACUCAACAAGGUGGACCCCAGGAUUGGAUACGAUGCAGAUGAAAUUCGCCAGGAGGAAUUGGAGCGAUACGAGGCAAAAUAUGGCAAGCCUUCAGGUGAUAUCUCGGAUGCACAAAUGCGUGGAACAGCGAUGGCGGGCAUCGGUCCGGACCAGAGCGCGCUCGGUCAAGCACCCGACUUUCGAGAGAGACCGCAAGAGGAGAGAUUGGCGGAUCAAGUUGAAAAGUGA